UUUCCUGCUGAUUAUGACACAUGUCACAAAAACGAUGUUGUUCAUAACUUAAUCUAUGAAAUUUGUUAGAAAUCGUGGUAUAAAUUACCAAAAAAUACGUUUAUUUACAACUUAAGGAACAGUGAGGUUAUAAUAAUUGAAUUUUAGUCCAGAAAGCCUUUGUUUAUACUUAAAUUAUAAUUCGUUACCUACUGGAAAAACCCAUUACCGAUUUAUUCGGGGGUGUCGGCCCCAUGAACCUUUUCAUCGCGUAUCAACAUCAUUGUAGGCAUAGGCAAACACGGAAGCACGAAGUGAAAUGCCAGCUGCUGUAGGUGGCAUUAACCACUCAACAACUAAUGAAGAAUGUGGCAUACGAGAUGUCUGGGCGCACAAUUUAGAAGAAGAAUUCCGAACAAUUAGACAGAUUGUCCAAAAAUAUCACUAUGUAGCAAUGGAUACAGAAUUUCCGGGGGUCGUGGCUCGCCCUAUAGGAGAAUUCAAAAGUUCAGCAGACUAUCAGUACCAAAUGCUAAGAUGUAAUGUGGACCUCCUCCGAAUUAUCCAACUAGGUCUCACUUUUUUGGAUGACAAUGGCAAGACACCAGGGGGCUCAUACACCACUUGGCAGUUUAACUUCAAGUUUAAUUUGCAAGAAGACAUGUAUGCCCAAGAUAGCAUAGAUCUGCUUACAAACUCAGGAAUCCAGUUCAAAAAACACGAGGAUGAAGGAAUCGAGCCACUGGAUUUUGCUGAAUUGCUGAUGACAUCAGGCAUAGUGCUAAUGGACAACAUCAAGUGGCUUUCCUUCCAUUCUGGUUACGAUUUUGGAUAUUUAAUAAAAUUGUUAACUGAUAACCACUUGCCACAGGACGAGAAUGAGUUUUUUGAGCUGCUAAAAUUGUAUUUUCCUGCCAUCUAUGAUGUCAAAUACCUCAUGAAAUCUUGUAAAAACUUGAAAGGCGGGCUACAAGAAGUGGCUGAACAGCUAGAUCUGGAAAGAAUAGGUCCACAACAUCAAGCCGGUUCUGAUUCAUUACUAACGGGAAUGGCUUUCUUCAAAAUGAAGGAAAUGUUUUUUGAGGAUACAAUAGAUGAUUCAAAGUUUUCGGGACAUUUGUACGGGCUGGGUACCUCGUUUGCUGUCAAUGGAACUUCAAACAAUUAUGCAUCAGAUAAUGGAGAAAAUACCAAUUCAUGAAAUUGUGCUUUAUUUACUAUUCAAUUCUUUAUUUUACUUUUUCAUCAGGAUUAUGUAAAUAAGAUCGUCUGGCUUUUUUUGUAUUGUUUUAUAAUUUGCCACGAUAUUAUUUAGUAAGGAAAACAGUUUAAUAAUGAAUGUACUAAUUUUUAUUCUUAAUUAAAUAGGGUUUUUCUA